AGGAGCUACGGAGGCAGUCGAGUUGAUCGGCGAGUCGCGGAAGAGUUGAAAAAAAGUAAAAUGGCCGCGGCGAAACAGCUCUUCGCUCGGUCGCCGAUUAGCAAGGUUGUGUUGACGCGUUUGACGUGAGUUCUAGGGUUCGCGAGCCAGUUUCUAAACGGGUGCCGGAGAUAAACCGACGCCCUUUGCAUCCGACAGGUCCCCUGGUUACGAAGAGGCGCGGUUUCCCCUUCACCCAGUGACGUCUGACGUUUGACAAUAAGCGUUGUAAAAGUUAUACCCGGCGGUUCGACGACCGAUUGCGAUAAACCAACACCCCGUAAACACUCGCACGUGCAAGUACGACAUAUCAGGAAUAUUUCAGCGGACCGAUUGUUUCGAUGAAAAAUAAUCCGGAAACAUCGUUCGACUCGUCCCUCGUUUGACAAGGGACGACGUUUUUCUGCGGUGCGUUGGCGCGCGUACCUGAUUACCGAAGCUACCCCUUGUCGGUGAUAAUUUUCAAGCGGUCGAGACUGCCCCGGUAAGGGUGGCGUGCGGAUAGCGAACGAGACCACGCUACAGCCCCGUCCCGAAUUGCACAGCGAUGAACGACGGAUUAGAUAAUUGAAAAUAAUCGGAAACCCCUACUCCGGUUGGUUCGCUCGGAAUGUUUUGGACCUCGGCGUCGACUCGUCUUAUUCCAAAUUUUCGACUUUUUCGUUGAAAAACGCACGACAUCCGCCGACCCUGUCCGAAGCUCGAUCUCCGCCCGCUUUUACUCGGAGAAAUUCCGGUCGUCGUGGCGGACGGGCGAGGUAGUUCGUUGGUUCGAAUACGGCGAUAAUUUCGGCGAUGCUGAAACCAUAAACACGAGAACGAGACGACUGCUCCGAGUACGGACGGCCAUAUUAUAAUAUUUGUGGAGGUGGCAGCAGCGGUCCGACUGAUGUCCCGCACCCCGCGGAUCCGACUGCCACAGUGUGUGUUCGCUAAGCUCGCUGAUGUUUAGUGCUCGAAUCGUAGGUCGCAAGUGUGAAACUGUCAAGUGUGAAAUCGGCGACCGUUCCAGCGUCUUCCUCGUGAUGUUGACGGUGAUGUUGAUACCUUAGCCGCCGAUGGUGUGGUGCUGUUCGCAAACUCGGGGAGCACAAGUAACGGCGGCGUUCGCGUCUGUACUUUGUCACUGGUGACUGCUGACUACCAGCGAGCUAGCAGCACCAGCAAAAUCUGAACUUGUCACUUAUGACUCGGGUGUUGUGGGAAUCUGAGGUGAAUGGUGAUGAUAUAUUCGCUAAUCUACGCUGCGCCGGAUAUGGACCGAUGCUCGAACACUCAAGCAACCAACGAUAUACCAGGAUUAUAGGAUAUUAUUUAUGAUAAUUCUUGAACACUCGGCGGUAGCAGCACCACCGAUCAUAGGAUCUGCCUAUUAUUGUUAUUAUUGCACCCCACGCGUGAUAUAGUGUCGCAUUUUUAUCAACGUUGAUUUACCAUCGAGCUGAUGACGACGCCAGCGACCGUCGAAGUCUAUUCGAGGGAGACAACGCCAAUGAAGCUACAUUGAACCUGAGGUAGAGACCUUGACAAGUUGCUGAUGUCAGCCAGGUAUCCAGCCCUGGUUCCCAAACGGCGGUCGCAACUAAAAUCGAGGAUUCGGAACUGUGUCGCUGCUGCGAAAGCUACGAUAUCUGUUGCCUGCGUUAUCCCUUGCAUUCCGAUCGGAGCACAGUUAGGGUACCCAAGCCAUUGUUGGUUUCGACACACCUCUGAAUGUCUUCGCACAUCCAAAAGUCGUGCGUGGGGCUAGAGGCAACAUUGAGUGACGGCAAAAAGAAGUACGGGGACAAGGUGAACGCUCUUCUGUCCGCAUGGGAACAUGUUACUAACUUCAUACCUGCGGCAACGCCAGAGGCAACGCAAUCGCUCAUAGAAUGGGUUCACAAGCAUACUUUGAAGUUGGUAUUACGCGGAGAGUGGCCAAAGUUGUCACCCGCUACAAAGACGCACCUUGGAGUCACCUUGCAGAGAUGCUCUACCCACCUUGGCCGACAUCCUGCGGCGCCUCGAUGCGCGACUCUGAUCGCUCUUGUACAUGAUCCAUGGACGCGUCCUACCCUCGACAGUAUUCUUAAUGGUCAACCAGAUCCAAAACUAGAAGACGAAUUUUGUUGUUCGGAGAAAGGUGAACUAUUAACUAUGAGACUUCGAAUAUUAUGCGAGGAUCGCUGUGAGGACAUAGCAGUCAACCUGGCGGCUGCUUGCGUUCGUUCGCUUCGGAGGAGCGACCAAUUGAGAUCCGUAUGCGAAGCUCAACACGUGCAAUACAUGAUCGACGUCUAUAUCGUCCUGUUGUACAAGCUCAAACGCACGCAAGACAUAUUCGCUCAACUUAAGUUAAUGGAUCUUCGAGAGGGUUUAGAACUCGUUCAGAGGCUCGGUGGCGAAACUUUGACCAAAUACGGUUCGGCAAGGGUCUGGAAGAACUCCACCAGAGCUGCCGAGCUCGUGGCUCAGUAUUUGGUCACCGCGGGUAUGGUCAGACCCGUCGAUGAAACCGGAUCCGCCACUCUCGAAGAGAUUAUAAAUUCCUGGGCCUUGCUUCAUUCGAAGCUGAAGGAUAUGGCGCCCACUUUACCCAAUAUGAUACGGAAAUUGAUCGAACCUGCUGAAAGUGCCCAACACAUUUAUAUAUUUUGCGGGGUGCUCGGUAAACACUUCGGAGCUAACAUAAAACCGCUGAUGAUCGAGCUCUACAUUCGGGCACUCACAACGGACAUGAACGAAUUGGAAAAUCAGAAGGUCAAAUCGGACAAAGAGAAGGUUCGGGAAACAGCGAGGCGUUUGAGUGCUCAAUUUUUGAAGUUGUCCGAUGUCUUGGUGGAGAACGUCGGCAUAGCGAGGGAGUGCGUGUUGACGGCGUUCUCCCUCCACCCUACAAGACUGUGCUACGACAGAAUUCGGGAGAUGGCAAUAGCGUGCGGAAAGGUGAAAGAAAUCGGCGUCUCCUCGGACGAAAACUGUCCACCCGCCGUUCUUACGGAAUUCGUAGACAAGGACGAAGAAGUUCAGCAAUCGCAAACGUUGACGACCACGCCUACCGAGGCUCGGGGUGUAACUCGUGAAAGGCAAACCGUGAGUCUCGAGCCUAACGAAAUCCCAGAAAAUGGCUGUCUUCUUUCAAAAGAUAUUCCCUUGUCGCCGUUCAAGGACGAUUGCGCGUCCAACGUGGCCGAUGUGUGUCUGUUGCAUCCGAAGCGUGAUCCGGCGACGAGCGGUCCCCUCGGUGAGCUUUGUUUCAAUUGCGGCGAGUUCACGGGCGUAGAAAUCGCCAGGGUGAAAACGCCGGAGGUCACGCCGAACCUCGAACGAUCUCUCGAUGCGCUUAUUCUGAUAAAAGGCGACGCGGUCACCGGUUCUGCCAAUUACGACGAAAAGUCGGCGCCGAAUCAAGUCCUGGACGCGGAAAAGUUGGGUGUUUCACCCCAGUUGUGCGACGACCUGGCGGUGGUUUUGAGCAGCCCCAGGUAUCACAUGCUCAGCUGGGUUUUAGACUGGAAGGAGCUCAACGGGCUUUGCGAAAAGUAUUUGGAAAACGCCGAAGAGAUGAGGAAUACGAACAAGGAGUUGAAGUAUCUGAACAUCGACUACUCGCAGUUCAAAGACUGGCCUUCGGAGGAAGAUACGACCAAGGACAUAUUCUACGGCAUAGAAAAGGGCUACGAGCAGUGGGUCGACGUGCAAUCCGAUGGCUCCGAAGAAUUCGGCAGUUUUCAGCCAGCGAGGAACUACAAGAGAUCCCUGACAAGACGGAGCCUCGACGAUACGACCGAUUCGGACAGCGGCAGCGUUUCGCGUCUACGCCGCCCCGGAAGACCGAGGAAAAUUCACCGGCUGGCCUCCACCGACAGCGACUACGACGACGAUUCCGUGGACAAUAAAACCACGCGUUUCAGAGGGGUGAACGGAAACGUCGAGGGUUCGAUCAUUAUCGGCACCGACGCCGGUUCGGACACGGACACGAACACUCAGGACAGUCAGACCGAUAGCUUGGGUAGCGACGGAUGCAGGCAGGAUAAAAAAACGCAAAAGAAACAGGUGGCCGGUAAAGACGUCGGCGGUAAGAAUCGCGGAAAAUCCAAGCUCACGGUCGAAACGAUGUCGCAUUUCCACAUGCUGGUGAACGACAACGUCAGACGGUCGGCGGAAGACGUGAGCAGUUCGGAUAUCAGCAGCAACGAUCUCAUCACGCUGUUCUCCGCCGACAUGGAUGAGAGCAAGUGCGAGACUAUCAAGGGGUCGGCGUACAACGCCGAGACUCCGCUCAUCGUCACCGAAAAGAGGAGCGACCCAACGGUCUUGAAAUCCCUGCGAAUGUUCCGACCUCAUAACGCGAAGAAACCAACGAGGAUCAGUCAGAUAUUGCAGAAGAAUCUGCUUAACAAAACCAAAGAAGGCAGUUCGGGGAAUAACGCCGGCACCGGACAUCCCAAGUUUUCGCCGAUGCUCGGGUCGCUCAACUUGAAUCCGAAAAUAAUUUUAAGAAGGAGCGACGAAGUUAACCAGAAAAUCAUACCGACGUCCAAGAGGCUCAGUCCCAGCGACAUUACCAGCGAAUUGCUGAACCUCCAGAAAAACAUGCCGUUCUCAGCCAACAAAAGUUCAUCCAACGUCGGUGGCGACAAAUCCGGAUCGAAGGGUAACGCCGUGUCCGCGGAGCAAGACCCCCCGAGGCUCGUCAAGACUAUAAACGUAACGGGCAAACGGCCGGAGACGAAUUUCUCACGUUCCACCGAUAUUCGGGGGAAAUCAAAGUUCGAUAUCCUGGCGAAAGCGGUGAGGGAUUCGGAUAUCUUGGCGAAAAAUGUUCCGGGCUUGAAUUCGCUGGACAUGAUGGUCCCGGCCAGGGUUCAGCCAACGGUCAAUAUAAUUCAGCUGUCGCGGAACAUACCGCAAAGUCCGAAUUCCGUGCCAGCGAACAGCGGCGGCACACCUCCGAGGAACAGUCGUUCCUCCGCGGUAACCGGUGGCAGCAUUCAACUGCCGGGAACACCGACGUCCAGCGGCCACGACAGCGGGGUCGGGAUGAGCCCGGCGGACCGCACCCCACCGUCGCGAUCUCUGCUCCAGGAUAUCGGCGAGGAGGCGAACCAGCCGCCCGACACACCGCCGCCCUCCAAUUCGUUGAUGAGAACCGUAGAGCCGGCGAGUCCCAGGCUGGUGGAAAAUUUCCGCGGUAACAGCGGAUUGUCCCCGAACAAAUCGCCGUCGCCGUCGCCGUCGUCCGCAUCGAACACGGGGAAUCAGGGGAAUUCGGUUCCGGCGGUGCCGUCCGAGCAGCUGCAGAUCGUUUGCAAACCCGACGGGACGUACAGAUUGGCGUCGGUGAAUACCAACGCCUUGUCGUCCUCCUCGUCCUCGUCGUCGUCCUCCUCGUCGACCUCGUCGAACUUGUCGCUGACGGGACAGCGCGGUCUGUUGACGCUCCAGACGUUCGAGGAGAAUAAUUUUUCGCGGCAGCAGGCACAGCCGAGCUCCGGCACUUCGAACCGAAUCGUCUACGACGGCUUGAGCGCGAUCAACGUGAAGACCGUUCAUCGGACCGCCGGCCAGAACACACCGCCGAGUCUGCCCAAGUUCCAACAGGCCUUCCGCAAAACGAUAUACACGCUGACGAGCGAAGCGACGACGACCGCGGACUCCCCGAGCUCGGACGUCGUCGCGCAGAUCACCUCGCUGUCGAAGACGGCGAAUCUGUCCAAGGCCGUUCAGACUUCGGUACAGAACACGCAGACCAACGCGGGCGUCGGCGUUCAAUCGAUCACCGGCAUUCCGAACUUGCAACUGCCCACGCCGGGGCGACAGAUAUUGAACAUAGUGCAGACCUCGGACGCGAGCGGGGGAGACGCCGGAGGUGGCGGAACGACGACCACCGGCGGCACGGUGAUCGCCGCACCCGACGCCAUCAACAACAAUCCGACCCUCGCGCAGUUGGUGCAGACCUCGUCCUCGCCCGGUGUAAUAUACACGCACAAAAUACCGGUCACCAUAUCGACGACGAAUCCCAGCCAACUCAACAUCAUCCCGCACACCAUAUCCCGCACGGGUUCCGUGCAGGCCAACCGAGCGCCGGUCGUCAAACUGAAUAUAAUACGAACGGGCGUUCCGCUGAGGCAGCAGAAUAUCACCGGUGCGAUACAAGCCGUCCUGAACGCACCCCGGGUCCAGCCGAACGUCAGGCACGAGAGCUUGAUCGGUUCACCCAUCGACGUGUCGACGAAUCAAGUCAGUUCCACGACCCUCGAACAACUGAGGGAAUUCGAGAGCGUCCUGGAACAAGUCAAGGAGCGCAGCACCGUUCAGCCGCAGCCGCAGCUCCAGACUCCCGGGGUCGCGACGACCACGGUGCAAACGCAAACGCAGACUCAGAGCCAAACCCAGAGUCAGGCGGUUAUGCAGCAGUCUCGACAAACGGUCAAACAUCACGCCGCCACCGGCACCCUCGCCCAACAAUUGCAGAUAAUGUCGUCGAGGAGCGGCGGACAGGCGAGCAACGAAUUCUCCGGCGGCGCUAAUCCGGGGGUAGCGUUUCAGGCGGACGCCUAUACCCCGCAAAAGGUUUCCCUGGCGUACGUCGAUCAAGCGACGAACGAGGCGCAGAAAAUCGUCUCCGCGUCGACCCCGGUCGUCGUUGUGACCAGCUAUUGUCAACCGGCGGCCUCACCCGCGCUCAGCGUCACUUCCCAGAGUUCUUCCAGUCCGUGCGUCACCCCCGCACCCCCGCCGCUCCCUUCGGCUGGGAAAACACCGCCUCUGUCCGCCGCCAAGACCGGGGGCAAGAAAUCCACGCCGAAGAGCGUCAAGACCAGUUCCACCAACACCUCGAAGGCACCGCCGGUUCCCAAGCCGCAACAGAAACCGCAGGAAGACGAACAGACGGCUCAGAGGAUAUACGCCAUCCUCGACGAGUAUGCGGAACAAUUGAGGAACUCGCCGGAUCUGAACAACAAGCCGGCGCCCAGGCGACGAUCCAAUCCCCCCACCAAUCCCAGUCAAUCCUCGAAGCGCAAGAAGUCCACGUCGGGCAAGCCCAAACCACCGGGGCAACAAAAUUCCGAACUCAGUCCCGGGACCGAUGACCUCGGGCGUACGAUGGGCAGCGAAGAUUCCUCCUCGGGUAUCGUGCACGUGCAGGACAGCCCCGUUGGAGGACUGAUGGCGGAGGACGCCCAGACCGUUGUGAAUCUCGACAACGCACCGGUCGACGUCAGAAACUUGACCAACGACUCGAACGACGCGGUCGAAGUCAACUUGAAGCGGCGUAAUCUGAUAUUCACCGACCAGAGCAACGCCGUUGGACAACCGCGGGCCGUUAUCGUUCAGGAGACCGUGCAGACCGCCUCGGUCAGCGUCGGCGAGGCUCUAGCUUCGGUGACGGGGAAAAUUGGUAGCACCGCGGUAUUGGUACCGGGUACCAAUUACAUUCUGCCGAUGAAUCUUAUGAAGGGAGGACAACAGUUCACCAUAGUUUCGGGUGCCUCCAAACUGCUCGCCACCGUUCCAACCAGCGUUGCCGGUGGCGUUUCCAACGCCCUCGUCCUUCAGUCGUUUUUGAAUCAAGCCGGCAAGAUUAUCGCGCAACCGGCGCAGGUCAAACAGGUCAAAGUUCCCACCCUGCAAACGGUAAACACCGGCGGACAAUCCAUCGCCCAGCAGCAGCAGCAGCAGCAGCAGCAGCAGUCGCUCCAACAACAACAACAGCAACAGCAACAGCAACAGCAACAGCAACAGUCGCUUCAACAACAAAAACAACAUCACGCUGUUCAAGGUCCCGCAUCGGUCGUCAUAACUCAGAGUAGCGCCGGUACGCAGUUCGUGACCACGGAUUCCGUGGAAAGAAGCAAUUCGGAGCGUUCCGCCAAGUCGGAAGCGACGAAUCCAGGUGCACCAGCUGCUUCGAGCCAUCAAGAAAGUUCAGGGAAUUCGAUCGUCGCGACUAAAGCGUCGACGGUCGGUCUGAUGCAGAAAAACGUGAGCGAAUACGACGCCGACAAUCAACAGAUUUGCGGAGUGAUUACAACCAGUCCGAACUUGACGCUCCAGAGCGCGAGGCUGUUCAACUCUUCGAUGGGCAAACUUUCAACUUCCGCGGGAUUGAAGAGCGAGAAUGUCGUUUGCCUGGCGCCCGCUACCGUCACCCAAUCCUCGGUAAAAAAGUACAACCAAGAGACCGGGGGGGCUGCCAGCGGAAUCGGGAGCGCGGGUGUCGAAGGAUCGCAGACCGAAAAAUCCAUGUCCAUGCAGACGGCUACCAUCGCUCUGACUUUCGCACCGCAGUCGGAGGUCGGCGUUGUCAAUGCGAUGCACAAAGAUGUCAAGAACAGCACGUCCGCGAUCGCGGCGAUACGUGGGAAUAAUAAAAUCGUAUCGCCCAAAUCGGCGAAGCGAAAACACGACGAAGAACCGGUUGCGGAGACGAUCGCCAAAGGCAAUUCCGUCGCGGAUUCCGCGGCUUCUGCAACGCUGGAAAACGCUGCCAAGCUAGAACCCGAAACGGUGGACAACGACGAGAGGAAGGAGACGUCCGGCCGUUUCCUGGUGGCGGGAAUCGACUCCGGCGCGGUCGACGUCGGUUCGGAUAUAUUGGAGACGCCGACGCGGAGAAACAACGAGAACGUCAACGAGGCCGUUUUGAGGGUCGGGAACGGUCUUUUGUGCGGAAGUGCGAGGCUGCACGAAGCCUGGGAACCGGAAAGAAAGGCCUCAUCCCCCGACACGCCUUGGCGAUACGUUCCCACGGCCUCCAGUCAGCUGGGUAUCGAACCCCUGAGAGUUCACUCCUCUUCGCGAGACGGCGGAAACCCGGACGGCGGGAGCGGCGGAGGCGGGACGAGCGGCGUCGGUAGCGUCACCGGUGGUAGUCCCUGCGGCGUCCACAGCGUUGUUCACAUAAUAAACAAGGGACAGGGUAUCGAAAUGGCGAGCGGUCAGCUUUAUCAGACGACCACGACGACGAGUGCGACGACCAAGAAAUACUUUAUGAACCAUACGCUCGAACCCUUCCAGCAAUAUCCGAGUCGAUCGCAGAUAAAAGCACAACUGAAUCCACGACUGGAUCGAGAACUUCUCCAGCAGAGAAUGGAGAGAAAGGCCGCGGCUAUGGAACGCGAAUUGAGACUGCAGAAAAGUUUGUCGGAGGAAUGCGAGGACCUGGGCGUCGACGAGCCGAGUACCAGCGAUCUUUUUCCAGAAGCGGAUCUUCUCUUCGACACGAAUCAUUCGCCCGCGUUCGAUCAGUCCUCGCAGGACGCGACCUGCAGCAGCCAGCCACUGGGCUUGAAGUCGUACAAUUCCUCUUCCUCGUACUUUCGCCCCCUCGACUCGUCGAGCAGUAGCAGGGACGCCAGUCCGGUGACGGACCAGAAGGGUGUCGAGCGUAGAAAAAACACCGCGCAGAGAACGCUGCGAAGCUUGAAGGACUCGGCGGCAAAGAGGGCGAAACGAGACAGAAACGACGACGCCGUCGCCAAAAAGAUCUCGAAACAGUCGAAAAUGGACAGCCGGCAGGCCGACCUCAGUCAGGACGAAAGUUCCAACAGCAAUUCCGACGCGUACAGCCGAUUGUCGGCCGCGGGCAACGACUCGUCCAAGGACGGGCCGGACGUCGGAAUUCGGGAUCAUCGCGUCAAAAUGAAUUCCCGCAGCUCCAGGGCGGCCACGUCCAAGUCCAGCUCGCCCAGCAGUACUUCCGACCUUCUCCCCUCCGCAAUGAAACUCCAGGACCCGGACGACCUCGACUCCGCGGUAACGAACGCCAACAACAUGUCGACGGCCAGUUCGGGAGACGAAAGUCUGACCCUGAUGGACGGGGGCACGGCGGACGUGACGAUGCCCUCGCCCCUUUCGCCGCCGACCGGGCCCCUGUUGUCGACGCACAAAUACACGUACGCGAACAAAAAGAGACCGCUCUGCAAAUCGCAGCGAACCAGCGGCAAGGACUACAUGUCCUGGGAGAGUCCGCUGUCGGACCAGGAGAGGACGAGCAGCGAGGACGAGGACGAGGGCUCGAGUAUCGGGGAAUCGAUCGGCAGCCAGCCGGGGGAGAGUACGGUCGUCAACGGCCUCGACGGCGACACGGACCCGCCCAACCCCGGCGAGAAAUCACCCGACGAUUAUCGCUCCUCGUAUCUGGACAAACGGCCUCGCAACAGCUUGAAGAUCAACGCCAGGGUGACGCUGAAUCGCAACGAUCCUCCCAAGGGUGCCGGGGGCGGUGUCGGUUGCGGGACGGUCGUCAAACGCACAAAGAACGACUCGAUCGGGGAAUCCGGGGCAGUGUCGAGCGACAAAACUUCCGAACCUUCGGACGACGAGGGAUCGCAUCAUCUUCAUCCGCGGCAUGCCACCGGUACCGCGGACUGCCGGGCGAGAAGGUCGAGCCUCCGAGGUCACGUCAAAAAAGGGUGCGCCUGUUGCAACGGAUCACCCGAGAGACCAAAGAAGAAGUCCGUCAAGGUGGACCAGAAACUUAAAAAAAGAUUGGCGUCUAAACAGUUGCUUAGAAAGAGGUAGUCCCGCAGCAAACUUUAAACGAUCGAAGUAUGGUGAUGGUUCGGACCGUUUAAAAAAAAAAACAAAAAAAAACAAGAAAACAAGAAAAAACCACGAGGCUGUGCUCGAUAAAUCGUACUGUAUAUAUAUAUUAUUGAACAUUUUUUGUCCCCCACGCAAAUUGAGAUAUUCGAAGAAAGCCUAUAGGACAAAAUAUGGUUGAUCGAGUGAAGUGUGAAUUAAGCAAUCGACCGUUUCAAACACGAUCUGGUCUACCGUAACCGAUUUGGCAUGGGAAAAAAUAAUGUCGGGAACACCCGGUUAAUAUAAAUUCUCGUUAUUAUUUCCAUUAUCAUUAUCAUCGUCGUCGUCGUCGUCGUCGUCGUCGUCGUCGUCAUCAUUAUCACCAUUAGCAUUUAUUAUUACUUUACUACUACUGCGACUACUACUGCUACGACUAUUACUACUACUACUACUACUACUACUACUGAUACCACUGCUAAUACUACUACUACUACUACUACUACUACUACUACUACUACCAUCACUAUUAGUACUACUACCACCGCUACCGAUACCGCUAGAGCACUGCUACUGUCAUCGUCAACGUCGUCGUCGUCGUCGUCGGCCUCGUCUCGACAUGGUCAGGAUUGACUCUAGCAUUGAACGAUCAAUCUGUCGAGAAACUGUGAAAUGAGGAAGUUUGUCGAAUGUCCUAUUAGCGAGGAAAAAUUGAAACUCAAUCGUACAUGUUGGAAAAACGACGAGAUCGUGUAGAUGUAUUCGCGAACGUUGUCAUACGAAGCGUAUAUCAAAGUUCAGUUACUGUACAAGAUAAAUUAUAUUUGAAAUACAAUCUAGUCAGAGGGUGGAAACGGCCCAUAAGAAAGAUGCGCGUAGGGGGCUGGGCUUGAAACUUCGUACGAAAUUAUGACCAGCGAGUGAUCGAAGUAAUACUAAAGAGAGAGUAGUAGGAACGUCGUAUGGCUUGAAGUGUGAACGAUAUUCACCAAUAUUGCGACUAUUCGGACAAGGAACAAGAGGAGAUUAAAGAAAAUAAAAACCAUUUUGCCAUGUACUUUGUCAAAAUAUUAUUGUAGAUCGAAAUAUCUCCGUUGUCUCCACCGAUGCAGGGCAUGACGCGACAAAAGAGUCGAAGAUUCCAAAUGCUCAAUAUCUCCGGAUGAUGUAAAUUUCCCUAAUCUUCAACAGCCUAAAUUCACCAGGUACACCCCGUUGGCGCAAGUCCCUCGCAAUCAGUUUCAUUGGUAAUUCCGAUAAAAUCGGAAAGGUGUAGGUAACGGGUAGCCACGUGCCAUUAAAAAUUGUGCGAAGCUCGGUCUUCAUUCUCUGACCGGUUUCCCCAUUCGAGCGAAUGAUCGACAAACAGCUACGAGAUCAUUCGCGGGGGAUGAGGAUGAUACUUUUUUUUUUUCUUUUUUUUUCGCUAAGCACGGCGUCAUUGAAAAAAUCUCUUUUUUAUCAGUCGUGCCCUGACGAGAGCGGCGUAGCAAUCGACGGUUGUAUAUUACGUAGAUUACGUAGAGAUAUACCUAUAACUCAUUAAAGGUAUAUUAUCAUAUGAUGUGUAUAUGUAGGUAUAUAUUAUAAUACACUAUAGUAUACGUACGUAUACAAUAUAUAUCUAUAUAUAUCUGGAUAUAUAUUGCUGCACUUUAGUACAAAAUGCUUCAUCUUUAUUGAAAAUUACAUUAAAUCUUACUACACGUUAA